GCUCAUCGUGGAGGAGGCAAAACUUCACCACUGUGGAACUGUGCCAAGAUGGAGAAGACCUAUGCCUGACUGCAAACUGAGGGAGGUAUGGAGGAGAUGAGCAGUCAAGAUCCAAACUGUGAAGACAUGCAGAGAAAGGACCAAAGAGUGCCAUUCCAGAUCUUCCCUGACCCAGUUGAGGUUGUCCUGGGCCCAGAGGCCUCACUGAACAGCCUGGACCAUGACCAUGAGAAGGAACGUUUACCCUCCAUUGUUGUGGAACCCACCGAAGUGAACGAAGUGGAGAGUGGAGAGCUACGUUGGCCUCCAGAGAAUAUAGACAUGGAGGAUGAUGAGGAGGACCUGUUCUUGGAGCAGUGCAUCCCUCCAGCCAAUAUUGCUGACUGGGGAGAAGAUGAGGAAGAGGAGGAGACCUCAGUUAUACUCAACCAGCAGCCAGGCAUGACACUAAUUGAUCUCCAGUCAGAUGCAUUCAGAGAUGACACACCAACGCUUCCACCAAGCCCUCCAGCCUUCAACUAACCUCAGUUCGCCACCUCUGCUAACUGUGAGGAAACGUUCUCACAUGAACUGUAGCAACAACUGUGACAAAAGAUUACAUGGGGCAAACACAACAAAGUUUCAACAAACCAUAUGUGCUCGAUAACUGACACCAACAACUGGGACAUUUAUUAGGGCUGGGCGAUACCGCAAAUUUUGGUUUCAAUCUGAUACCAAGUAAAUGCAGGGCAAGUAUCGCUGACACUUAUCAUUUAAUGAUUUUCCCUUUAACUAUAAUAUUAUUAUUGUUAUCACAAUCAAACACAGUACAAAAAUUAUUGUCAAAUAAUAUAAUUCUUUAUAUUUAUUAAACUAAUUGGCAGAACCAUAAAAAAUUUAUAGAUUUUUCCUGUUUGUAAACAAUAUAAAAUAACAACAUCAACAAUGUAACAAAAUAAUAAAAAAGCUGUUAUUCUCUUUUAUCACACACAAUUGUUUGGGAAAAUUAGGUCAACAAUGCAAAUUGUCUAAAAAAAGCAAAACCUACUUUUUGUUAGUUCUCAUUUAAAUUAUUUGGCUUUUUCCCUCAUAGCUCUCCAUAAAAUAGAGAGAAAAAUAUCGAUCUCAUCCCACUGUUAUCGACACCAAUACUAGCCUUGGUAUCAAUACUAUCAAUAUUUAGAUCGAUCUGCCCAGCCCUAACAUUUACUUUCUCAUUUACCUUAGUGUGUACAACAUCCUCAAUAUGUGGCCAUGACUGCACUAAAAAGAAUGAUAACAAACCCCAAAAACAAAGUCAAUUCGCUGACGUGUGAUUUAAGCAACACAGUAACUUUGCUGUUAUAUAUAUUUUUUUUUUACUUUUAGGGAACAUUUUGCUGAUGUUGUGAUGUUUCAUUUCCCUUGGGACUUCCUAAAUUUGAAAAGGCUUGCAGUAGUCACGGAUCAUGAAAAGGAGACAUCCUGUAACAGAGUUGUCCUUUUCUUAGCUGCUGUUUUGCAUCUUUUCUAUUUCAUCUGUGUAUCUCAUGCGGACAACAGCCAGUAUUAAACAGCUUACAUUGCCAUUUAGAACCUACAGGAAGCUUUUUAGAAUAUUUACCUGCUUGUACCUUAAAUAUUUAACGUUUAUUAAGCCAGAUGAGUUGGCUGCUCCUACGGCCGAAGUGCUGUUUUACUCGAGAGUGUUGAAGCAGAGCUGAACUGUGGCGUGUGAUUUUCUUUACAACACGCAUUACGCUGAUCAGACUCUGUGAAACCAGAUCUAAAUUUGUUACUGACGCAGUCAAACCACAAAUCAUAUGUCUCAUGAGUAAAAAUGACAAAUGUAAAUUUUUCUCAAGGUUGCAGAUUUUAUUGGUCAAAGGUAAUUUAAAGUCAUGCACUGUGAACAACAACGAGCUCAGUUGCUUUUCAGUACAAUAAUGGAUGCCACUGAUAAUGUCAGUUGUUUAAUAAAACCAAAUAUGUGUUCGUAGGCUAAAUUGUGAAUUACCUGUAUAUAAGGAAAGCUGAAUUACCAUAAAAUAUAAAUAUAAAUUUGGCAAUAAAAGUAUUUGUUCCCAUACUAUAUGAUGUUUUUUUUUAAUGUGUUAAAAGACCAUUAUCAUCCAUCAGUGCUAUGCUGAGGUUUUUUGAGUUGU